AUGAACAAAUUUGAAGAAGCAUUGGAAAUGUAUCAGAAAUGUGUUAGUCUUUGCACGAAUGAUCCUAUGCACAGUCGAGCUUUAUUAGCCAAAACGUACUUCAAUAUAUCUGUACUAUAUUAUCAACAAGGAAGAUAUGACAAUCAAGUAGAAUUGACAAAGAAAGCUUUGGAAAUACAAAUAACCUUGCAGCCGAUGGAAUAUGUGCAUAUUACUUCAAUGUAUCACGUAUUGGGCAGUGGUCUCGUGAGGCAAAACAAACUCCAUGAAGCUUUGGACACAUUCAAAAAAUGUUUAAUUUUUCGAUUAGAAACUGACCCAGCAAAUCACCACGAUAUUGCAGAGUCGUACAAUGCCCUAGCCCAAGUUUAUAUACUCAUGAAAAAUUACACCGAAGCAAGUAUGUAUCUACAUAAAGCCAUGUCUAUUCAGUUGGAUUCAGUACCAUCCGAUAGAAUAGGUUUAUCCAAUACUUACAACAGUCUUGGUACUGUGUUUUCUCGACAAGGAAAACCUCAUGAAGCGUUGGAAAUGUAUGAAAAAUCUUUGGAUAUCAAGUUGAAGAUGCUUCACAGAAAUGAUUUAUCAUUAGCAGCAUUGUAUAUUAAUCUUGCUUCAUUAUGCGGCUCUACUAAUGAUCAGGAAAAACACAUCGAGUAUAUGCAGAAAGCCCAUGAAAUACAACUUGAGUCUCUUCCACACGAUCAUCCUGAGUUUGCCAACACGUACAAUAGAUUAGGUAUUGCAUAUUAUAAACACGGGAAAUGUACAGAUGCAUUGCCUUGGUUUCUGAAAGCUUUACAACUUCAGCAGAAAGUAUUUCCGCCAGAUAAUUUGGACAUUGCAACAUCUUACAAUAACCUCGCGCUAAUAUUUUCACAUGCACAUGAUUUCGAAAAAGCUAUUGCCAGUCUAGAAAAAACUUUGGAAAUACGAUAUAAGUUAUUACCAGUAGAUCAUCCUCUUAUUCGGGAAGCCUGCACCAAUUUAGCCACUGUCUUUCGUGAUCAGGGAAAUUAUGACAAAGCACGAGAAGCGUUUGAAGUAAGUCUAGGUAUUCUAUUGAAACAAAUGCCAAUAAAUCACAACAGAAUUGCUGACACUUACAAUGGUCUUUCGCGAGCAUAUUAUGAGCAAGGACACUAUCAACAUGCCACCGAAUGUCUCUUAAAAGCUUUAGAUAUGCAUCACCAAUCACCUUCACCAGAUCUUUCGAUACUCUCAAUGACAUACAACAGAUUAGGCGCAGCAUACUCUCAGCAAAUGGAAUACAAGCAAGCACUGGAUAUGUUCGAAAAACAUCACGAAAUUGUAGUAAAACUACAUCCAUCUAACCAUCUGGACAUUGCAGCAUCCCUUAACAAUAUUUCACAAGUUUGCCAGAUGUUAGGCAGUUAUGACAGACAAAUGGAUUGUCUUCACCAAGUUCUCGUUAUUCAACUUCAUGCAGAUCCACCGAAUCACUCCGAUUUAGCUGCAACUUAUUAUAGCCUCGCUGAAGCUUAUUUCAGAAAACGUAAUCUCAAAGAAGCAUUGAAGAACGCCCGAUUGAUGUAUAAUGUUAACUCUACUAAUUUAUCUUCAGAUGAUCCUCAGCUAAAAUCCGAUGUGAACAUCAUUGCUAUACUGGAAAUUUUGCUGUGGUAUCAGUUUUUCAAGGAGUAA